GACCUUCAGCAGAUCCUUCGACCACGAGGGGACAGGCGCUGAAGCUCCACUGGAUUGACACCAUCCGGAUCCUGCAAUGCAAAAAUGAUGCCAAUUGGUGCUAUCUCAAUGCCGGCUUGAUCUCCAUGAUCUGGACCCUUGUGCACUCCGCCCAUUUUGAUGAGUACACUUCAAGUGCAGCAUGGAAUGCUGUACAGGGGAUGCUUGCAUCUGUGAAGACAGAUGAGCCAACAGCUUUGUUCAGCUUGCCGCAGCUCGCUGACCUUUUUCUGGGGAAGCCCUCAGGGGAACAGAGGGACAUUGGUGAGUUCACAAGUGAAAUCCUUUUGUGGGGCAAAUCCGCACAGACCUCACAAGCAUGGGAACGCCGCCUUGAGACCAAGGAUGGCAUCACUUGUUUUGAAGCCGGGAGUGAAUCCCAACCGGUGGCCUUAGUGCACCUCUAUGAGCUAGAUCGAGAAAAG